AUGUUAUCCCGUGUCCCCAGAAGACCUAAUAUCUGCCUGGAUUGGAAGACCAUCAUCUUCCUGGAGAUCGCCCCACGUGCUUUCCAACACCGACUUCCAAAGAACCCCAACCCCGGCCAACCACAGUCCAACACCGACUUCCAAAGAACCCCAACCCCGGCCAACCACAGUCCAACCCCAACUUCCAAAGAACCCCAACCCCGGCCAACCACAGUCCAACCCCGACUUCCAAAGAACCCCAACCCCGGCCAACCCCAACUUCCAAAGAACCCCAACCCCGGCCAACCACAGUCCAACCCCGACUUCCAAAGAACCCCAACCCCGGCCAACCACAGUCCAACCCCAACUUCCAAAGAACCCCAACCCCGGCCAACCACAGUCCAACCCCGACUUCCAAAGAACCCCAACCCCAGCCAACCACAGUCCAACCCCAACUUCCAAAGAACCCCAACCCUGGCCAACCACAGUCCAACCCCAACUUCCAAAGAGAAAUACUUCACACAACACGUAAUUCAACUGAAAGCUUUAUUUCUCAACCUGCAGUCCACCCAACUCCGACCAACCACAGUAGGGCCGUAG